CAGGCCCGGGGUUGGUGUUUGUAAACUUGUCUCAGUCCCGGCGGGGGCAGAGGUAACUACGGUGUUGGCACAGUGUGUUGGGGUCUGAAGGAGGCGUCGCACGGUGGGUGAGACAGCUGGAGGCUGCGCCUGGCAGGUUUCUGAAACAGAUUGUGAACUUCGUGAAGAGGAUUCAGUUGGAAAACCAAGACUGGCACACUCUUCAGACAAUAGGCAGGACCCAGGCAGAGUCCAGGAAUUCUUGGAUCAUCUAUCUUCUAUUUGGAGGACACUAAGUUUUAUUUGAAGACAAAGUUCAAUAUGGCAGCAGGACUGAAGGGACAUGAAGGAGUCGUUACAGUGAUUUGGUGACAGUUCCUCAAACAAAAGUUUUUUAAGGAAAGGUGGAUCAAGAAGCCCCUGAACUUUUGGGUUGCAUUAAGUGAGAAAUCAGCAUGGCUCAGGUGACCUGACACCUCAUCUCCUUUCAACUUAGGCAAGUCUCCUUGCUUGUGAAGGCCUAGCAGGUGUGAGUUUGGUUCCCACUGCAGCCAGCAAGAAGAUGAUGCUGAGCCAGAUUGCCAGCAAGCAGGCCGAGAAUGGAGAGCGGGCAGGUAGCCCUGAUGUGCUGAGGUGCUCAAGUCAGGGCCACCGAAAAGACAGCGAUAAAUCCCGGAACCGCAAAGAUGAAGACAGCUUGGCUGAGGCCUCUCAUUCAAAAAAGACUGUUAAAAAGGUGGUGGUAGUGGAACAAAAUGGUUCUUUUCAAGUAAAGAUUCCCAAAAAUUUUGUUUGUGAGCACUGCUUUGGAGCUUUUAGGAGCAGUUACCACCUCAAGAGGCACAUCCUUAUUCAUACUGGUGAGAAGCCAUUUGAGUGUGAUGUGUGUGAUAUGCGCUUUAUCCAGAAGUACCACCUGGAGCGUCACAAGCGUGUGCACAGUGGGGAAAAGCCCUACCAGUGUGAACGGUGUCAUCAGUGUUUUUCUCGGACAGAUCGAUUACUCAGACACAAACGGAUGUGCCAAGGGUGCCAGUCCAAGACUUCCGACGGGCAGUUUUCUCUAUAGGCGCAAGGGGUCCUGGGUGGUGGGAGUGAUCAGAAGAACCUACCGAAGAACGCAACCCCCUCUGGUCUGAUGGUCCCACCACCACCCCAUGUGUACCUGUCCCCUCCUGGAGGAGUGGACCCAGGAGACCAGAAGAGUGCACCAGGGGACGGCAGCCCCAGAGCCUGAGCUCUGUAAAUAAUCUGAGACUAUGAGUAUCUCGGGGAAGUUCCUGCAGCAUUCCUGGGUAGGAAAGCUAGUCCCUAGACCCUUGGCUGAGGUCAUAGGUGGGGGAUGCAAGGUACAGGACCAAGACUGAAGUGUGGUUCCCACAACCUUGGACUCCAUCUGGCAGCUAAAAUGGAAAAGAUUGGGAGAGAGGGAUUUGUA